UUCAUCUCAAAGCACAGCCACAACAAUAACUCCCCCAAACCAAAAUGGAUCUUCUCCUCCCCCACAUCUCCUCAUCGAACCUUGCUCAACCUGCAAUAAUCCUCACCCUUCUCUUCUUUCUUUAUGCUCUCCUCAUUUUAUUCCGUGGUCGUCAUACGAGACUACCGCCCCAACCCGGCGGUGCUUGGCCAGUGAUCGGGCACCUCCCUCUACUCACUGGGAAAGAACUCAUUCACAAUACCUUGGGGAAAUUGGCAGACGCCUAUGGACCAAUCUUUAUGCUAAGGUUAGGUAGCAACAAAACCUUGAUUGUUAGUGGCUGGGAAGUCGCAAAGGAGUGCUUUACUACCAAUGACAAAAAAUUUGCAUCUCGCCCCAAAUUUGCUGCUGCUGAGCUUCUUGGCUAUAACUAUGCCAUGUUUGGGACUAGCCCAUAUGGUUCCCAUUGGAGGCAUGUGCGUAAAAUAGUCAUGCUCGAACUCCUCGCUAACCACCGCCUCGAGAAGCUGCAACACAUCCCGAGAUCGGAGGUUCAGAGUUCAAUUGAGACACUACAUGAGUUGUGCAGAUCAAAUAAGAAAGCGUUAGUGGAGAUGGAGACGUGGUUUGGAGAUAUAACAUUGAACUCCAUAUUUAGGAUGGUGGUUGGAAAACGAUUCUCCACUGCUUUUGAAGAGAGUGGUGGAGAAAAGUACCAUAAUGCAAUGAAAGAUUUUUUUAACUUAUUUACAGUGCUUGUUCCGUCAGAUUUGUUUCCGUUUUUAAGAUGGUUUGACUUCGGAGGGUACAAGAAGACCAUGAAAGAGACGGCGAAGGUCAUGGACGAGAUGCUUCAUAAAUGGCUUCAAGAGCAUCGAGAGAAGAGAAAUUCCGAUGGAGUGGGGAUGGAAGAGCAAGAUUUCAUGCACGUCAUGUUGUCUAUAACUGAGGAAGAGGAUUUCUCCGGCUACGAUAUCGAUAAUGUUAUUAAAUCUACAUGUUUGGCUGUCAUAUUAGGUGGAUAUCACACCACCACGACAGAAAUGGUUUGGGCACUUUCAUUACUUGUCAAUAAUGAAGAAUCACUCAAGAAAGUCCAAUUUGAAUUAGAUGAGCAAGUUGGGAGAGAAAGAGAAGUGAGAGAAUCCGACAUGAACAAUUUGAUAUAUCUCCAAGCAGUUGUGAAAGAAACAUUGCGUCUAUACCCUGCAGCACAACUCUCAGUCCCUCAUGAAUCUAUAGAAGAUUGUACAGUAGCUGGAUAUCACAUUCGAGCCGGCACACGCUUGUGGGUGAAUCUUUAUAAACUCCAAAGAGAUCCAUGUGUUUGGGAGAGUCCAAGAGAAUUUCGUCCAGAGAGGUUUUUGACAAGUGAAAAGAAUUUUGAUGUAAAAGGACAAAGUCCACAAUUCAUACCAUUCGGAGUUGGUAGAAGAAUUUGUCCUGGAAUUUCAUUUGCCAUGAAAGUUAUGCACUUGUCACUUGCAAGACUACUUCAUGAGUUUGAGAUUGGACGACCAUCUGAAGAGCCGGUUAGUAUGGAAGAGGGUGUUGGAUUGAACAUUUCCAAAAAAAUUCCACUUGAGGUUGUCAUAACGCCACGUAUUUCACCACAAAUUUAUAAAUGAUUUCAUCAUAAAUUAUUAAAAAAAAAAUAUAUCACUAGUAAAGUUUGUUUUAAAUGCAUAAAAUAUUUAGAUUAGACCCAUGUGUAUUAUUUCUUUAGUGCAAUAAUAUAUACGGGGUGUAUACUUUUUAUAUUUUGGUCUAUUUUAACCAAUUAAAAUAUGUAUGCUAUAAUUUGCAGUAAAAA